CGAGUCAAAACGGAAGUAGGUACGUGGCCGCUUCAGCUGACAGUCUACAUGAUGGCGACAGAGGUUCAGAGCGGCGACCUCGACAGUGCUACUUCCAGCCGGCUCGAAGUUUCCAUCGAUGGCCUCACCCUCAGCCCGGACUCGGAGGGCGAGCAGGGCCCGGUCGAGGAGCCGCAGCCCGAACCCGCGGAGCCCGACGCCGAGACGCCGGACGCCGCGGAGGGCGAAGAUGGAGAGACUGCCAGAACCGCCAUAGAGAGGAAAUGGGGCUUCUCUCUACACGAGCUCUACGGAAUGGCGCUCAAAUUCUUCAAAGAUAAAGAUGGCAAAGCUUUCCACCCGACCUACGAGGAGAAGCUUCGACUGGUGGCUCUCCACAAACAGGUGUUACUGGGCCCUUACAAUCCCGACGCUUCGCCGGAGGUGGGCUUCUUUGAUGUCCUCGGCAACGACCGCAGGAAAGAGUGGGCCUCCCUGGGUAACAUGGAGAAGGAGGAUGCCAUGGUGGACUUUGUCAAGCUGCUUAACAAGUGCUGUAACCUCUUUGCUCCCUACGUCACCUCACACAAGAUAGAAAGGGAGGAGCAGGAGAGGAAAAGGAAAGAGGAGGAGGAGCGUCACAGGAGGGAAGAGGAGGAGAGAGAGCGACAAAGACAGGAGGAGGAGAGACGGAGGCUUGAGGAGGAGGAAAGGCUGAGGAGAGAGGAAGAGGAAAGGAGACAGGCAGAGGAGGAGAGGCUACGGGUUGAGCAGCAGAAACAACAGAUAAUGGCAGCGCUGAAUGCCCAGACAGCGGUGCAGUUCCAACAGUACGCUGCCCAGCAAUACCCCAACAGCCCAGAGCAACAGCUGGGCCUCAUCCGUCAGCUCCAGGAGCAGCACUACCAGCAGUACAUGCAGCAGCUGUACCAGGUGCAGCUGGCCCAGCAACAGGCAGCCUUACAGAAGCAGCAGCAGCAGGCUGAUUCGAUGCUGCAGGGGACACUGGAAACCAGCAGCUUCAACGGCGGUGAACCCGUCGCCGCCUCGGCAGCGGGACCGCUGUGCGCAGCUUCACCCGCUGGCGACGAACCCCCUAUAGUCAACGGAGGACAGUCGGACUCGUACUCGGAGAGCAUGGACCGGGAGCCAGAGCCUGAGCCGGCAGAGGAGGUCUCAGAGAACGGACCUUUAUUAGCUGAGUCCCCUCCGGUCAUCGCUGCUCCCUCAAUGUGGACACGGCCACAGAUCAAGGACUUCAAGGAGAAAAUCCGGCAGGACGCAGACAGUGUGAUCACGGUGGGGCGCGGAGAGGUGGUGACGGUGCGCGUCCCCACCCACGAGGAGGGCUCCUACCUCUUCUGGGAGUUUGCCACGGACUAUUAUGACAUCGGCUUUGGGGUCUUCUUCGAGUGGACGGAUGCCGCCUCAGCGUCGGUCAGUGUGCACGUGUCGGAAUCCAGCGACGAGGACGAGGAGGAGGAAGGUGAUCCUCCCAACGAGGAGGAGAAGGCAAAGAAGGAGGCGGGGAAGCCCCAGGUGGAUGAGAUUGUGCCGGUGUACCGGCGGGACUGUCACGAGGAAGUGUACGCUGGCAGCCACCAGUACCCUGGCCGCGGAGUCUACCUGCUCAAGUUUGACAACUCCUAUUCACUCUGGCGCUCCAAGAGUGUUUACUACAGAGUCUACUACACCAGAUAAGCCUGAAUACAGACACAGGGGGAGCCAAGGAGUGUGUAUGGUUAUAUAUAUAUAUAUAUAUAUAUAUAUAUAUAUAUAUAUAUAUGUAUGUAUGUAUGUGUGUGUGUGUUGGAGAUAUGUGCGAUGGCAGCCCGUAUGUAUGUGUGUGAAGGAGAAUGUGAUACCAGAUGUAUUCUGGGAAAAACCACCAGAGGGCGACAAAGGGGCACAUCUGGAGCCCUAGUCUGGAGAUUCGACUUAUAUGUAUGUAGUGUGUGCGUGUGUACGCGUGUCCCAAGAUACACCCAUGCUAGAUCAUGUCAUUGAGCCCUUGGAAGAGGAGUGUGUGUAUAUCCCUGUUGCGUAUUCACCACCUGUCCUUGCUGCGCUCACAUAGACCCGGCUGUAAGACUUCGCUCUCAUAUUGUAUUUUACCACUUUUCACCCCCGGGCUCCUCUUAUGUCAACACCCCGGCGCCCAACACUGUCCGACGUGGCCUUGCGGCUGCCUCUGCCCUGAGUGAUGCUUUCAUGACCAUGCGCGGACACCAGGAAACUCCAGCGCUCUGUGAGCCAAACGUUUUCCUGUUUGGUUGGUGAUGGUGGUUGUUUAUCCCAUGAGAACACAGACGAUGUUGAAAAAUCAAAUUAUAUUGAACAUGUACUUCAUGACACUAUACCUUUUUGUUCCACAGAGAGCUUCUGGUCUUUGCCAAGUCUCGCGCACACUUUACAGACACCAGAGUACACAAACUGAAUCAUCCUUUUUGUUGUUUAACAGUAGUCUGCUAUUCUCUUACCUAGCUACCAUGAUGCAUAUAUGAAGACCUGAGAGGAUGUUUAGUGGAGGCAGUGCUCUUUUUGGCUUAUUCCUGUGCAGAAAUAGUACCAUGAGAAUUAUUCGUUUUUCCUCUUUUUCAGAUUAAGGUUUAUGGGCAAAGUUUAUGAAGGACGGGAAAGAAGUCAUUGCAAGGUUUAGGGAAAAGCUCCAAAUGAAGUCAUUGGUGUUAAGUGAGGCAGUUAAAAAUAAACAUACACAUGAUUAAAGUACGGCUGUGGGCCUUCUGGCCUUGUAAACUCAAACAUCUCGGUGUGCGUGAUGCAGAAUAAGAGAAAUUAAAAUUGCUUAAUAAAUAUUUGUUCUCUCCCACCCCAAAAAAAGAGAAAAUUCUGUUUGAUGCCCUUUCAGUUUUCCCACCUUCAAGCAGUUGAUGCUGCUCUUUUACGUUGCCUGUCUGUAUGGUUUCACCACACGAAUAUUAUGUUAAAUCGUCAGUUGUCGUUUGCUCAUCAAUUCUUUGCGGAAUAAUGAAGAAAAAGGACGUCACAUUUGGACAGAAGUUAUAUUGCUGGGUUUUUCUUUUUGUGUUUAUCAUUCUGUGUUCAGUUCUUCUGACACAUGUAACAAUAAAAAUGUAAUGUUGUGGAGGUCAUAACACUCUGUUACAUCUCUGCAGCGCUUCAAAAAAACCACCACACCACAACACAAGACACAGUGCUGGUAUUCUGUUUUUUCUUCCUGGUUUGAAUCAACUUGUCACCUCAAACAUCGUGUCGUUAACAAACAGAGAUGGUAUAGUCUUAUAAUUGUGUCUUGGGUGACGUGGUUGCGUACUAACUCAGUUGUGACAUCUAAAUGUGUUUAACUUUUCUUUCUUUAUUCUUUUUUGCCAUAUUUUUGAAUCAUUCUGUUUGGUUCCACAUUGAAUAUGCAUGAUUUCUGUACUUUCCAUGCAGGUGCAUUGUGAGCAGUGCUGUGUCGACUGUAUCCUGUCUGAAUCUGAACAAUGCUUGUUGAAGGGGAGGCCGUCUCCAGUGGGCAUCAGAGACUUUUGGUUUAUCACUCUUAUUGAGCUGUGUUUGUAUAUUUUUAUGUAUGUAUGCAACCAAAUUUUAAAGACACAGGUGGAAAAAUCGUGCAAGUUGAGUAUUCUUCCAUCGGCCUUGCUGGGUGACAAUUUGUCUUAUUAUUUAAUUAAUUAAUUAAUGGUCAAUUCAGUGAUUCGUGAAACAAAAUGUCACUACAUAUAUGGCUCAAAACAAGCCAUAAAGUUCAAGCAAGUUCCCAUGUCUUCUGAUGUGUGAUGUUCAUUUUUUUCUUUUCUUACUAAGUUUCUAAUUGCUCACCAAAUGGUUUGAGUUUGAUUUGUUCGAGCCUUGUAUGUAAAUAAUUCUAUAAAUGAGUUUAUGUAUGGGUUUUUAGAUGUGGAAGAAGGCUAUUGUUUUGAGAAUAAAUGCACUGUAAAGUA